AAAAUUUACAUUUAAUUAAGUGAAAAAUCUACGUAAUCAUUCUAUGAUAUGAAAUUAAUUGCCAUGUGGUACCGCCAUUAGCUAUUAAAUGUAAAAUAUUAAGGCAACUUGAUCUGUCGUUUUGCGUUAAUAAACGCAUGACGGAAACUAAACCCUUCGAAUGAGAAAAAAACAAAAAGGAACACAAAAACAGAGAUGAAGAAACCGGGAGGAGCCGAUAAGAAGAAGGGGAGAAGAUCAUCGGGAGCGUUACAGAACGGCGUCAGAGAUCCCAACUCCGACACUCCUCCUAGGAAACAAGCUGCAAAGAAAGAUGUGUUUCAGUUGUUUGCUGAGAAGGUGAGGGACCAUAAGGAAUUGGUGUCUAGAUGGGCUGUAUUACAGGAAACUCGGGUGGAAUAUUUUAGAGGGAAGGAUUUUGUUAGCUUUUUGAAAAACCAUCCAGAGGUUAAAGAAGUACUGGAAUCUGAAAAGAAUCUAGAAGCUGAGGAUAUUGCCAACACUUUGUUAAGUAAGAAUCUCUUAGUGAGAUGUGAUCGUGUGGUGAAAACUGUUCGUCCAGGGAAGAAAAAGUUGUCUACCUGGCCAGCGCAUUUGGAGAUCUUCCCUGAACAAGUUUUUUCUGAUAAUGAUGCCUUCUUUGCAUGGGCAUUUGUAAAACAGAGGCCACUAUGGCAAACACUUCUCUCAAUUUUGUGGCCUGUGUUGACCCUUGCAAUCUGUUUGUUUCCUGUAUAUCCACAUCGAUGCAAAAUACUAAUACUCUACUCAUGUGCGGGGCUUCUUCUGUUGAUUCUCUCCUUGCUUUUAUUGAGAGCUACAAUAUUUGGUGCUACAUGGAUCAUUCUUGGAAAGCGAGUUUGGUUCUUCCCUAACAUCCUCGCUGAGGAAGCAACACUGGGAGAAUUAUUCCGUUUCUGGCCUAAGAAAGAUGAGGAAGAGCCACCAAAAUGGACAGCAAGACUUUUCUUUGCGAUGGUAGCUGUGCUGGUAAUCCUUUUGCUGAGGCACCAUGCUCCUGAUGAGGCUGCUAGAGCCAGGUAUCAGAAACGGAUGUCAAACAUAAUCGAUGAUGUCCUGGAAUGGUCUCCAAGCCUGGCUCUCUCCGGGAUGAUGGAGAAACAGCAACCUGUGGUUAAUGCAACAGAGUCCGCCAGCAAUUUUUCAGACCAAAGCAAAGCAGGCUCAGAGAAGGUUGCUCCUCCUGAUGGCACUGGAGAAGGAUCAAUAUUGGAGCAACACGAUGGUGAAGACAUGGAUAGUGUUAAGGACACUGACCAACAUCAAAAUCAUCACAAUAGUAUAUGAUGACAUAAAACCAUCACAUGCCUAUUAAAUGGGAUCAUAGUCCCCUUUUUUUUGGAAUUUCUCUAAAAUUUGAUUCUAAAACUAUUUAGCAGUAAUAAUAAAAUAUAAGGAUUCCA